AUGGCACCAAUAUAUGCGCCUGCAUGGAAUGAGUUUGUCCAAGAAAUUGGACCAUUGCUCAUGACCGGCACCACAGUUGAAGACCUGUUCAAAGAUUCCGAGGUCAAUACGCAAAAGAUUAUAUCCAAAUACGAAAUCCCGCUACCUGAUGAUUCAGUCAAAACCGAAGAUAUCAAACUGAAAGAUGCCUGGCUUCGAGUCUUCACACCUCCAUCAGCGACAGGUGACGAACCAGUCGGCAUUUUUAUGCAUGGUGGAGGAUGGAUUAUGGGAAGCGUUGACCACGAAGAUGCUGCAUGCCGACACAUCAGCAAGAGCACCGGCAUGAAAAUCGUCAGUAUUGGAUACAGACUGGCACCGAAAUUCAAAUUCCCCCACGGUCUCAACGACUGUGUUGAGGCAACCCUAUGGACACUCGAGCACUUCUCGCUCUCAUCCGUUGUGCUCAUGGGAGGCUCGGCAGGCGCUAAUCUUGCUUUUGGUGUUGCAUUGAGACUUAUCGAUUCCGGACUUGGAGAUAAAGUCAGAGGCAUUGUGGCUUUAGUUCCUUGCACUGUGCACCCUGAUGCAGUACCGGAAGACAAGAAGAAGCAAUUUACUUCUUACGAAGAAAAUGCUAUUCACACUGUCAACACAUUGGCCGCGAUGAAAUGUUUCUUGGAUUCCUAUGCGCCGCCGCCGGGAGACAAAUAUUUCUCGGUUCUCCUCCACCCGCGCUUGAAAGAUCUGAAGAAGGUCUAUAUUGUCGAAUGUGGAACUGAUACAUUGAGAGAUGACUCUCGACUGAUGAAAGUGGCUCUGGAGGAAGUUGGUGUACCGAUCAUGUAUGAUGAUUAUCCUGGUUAUCCUCAUUAUUUCUGGUCAUAUCCUUCUCUGGUUCUGGUGAAGGCUUCGGGGGAGUUUUACACGAACGUGUUCCGUGCGAUAAAAUGGAUUAAUUCGGUGUGA